CUGCUUGUGAUUGGCCCAACAGAAGCAUGGUCAGUGAGGGAGAAGCUGUGUUUGGCCACAUCGGUCAUGAAGAGUGGGGACCAAAACUGGGUCUCUGUCAGUCGAGCCAUCAAACCAUUUGCAGAACCCGGGCGCCCACCUGACUGGUUCUCUCAAAAGCACUGUGCCUCAAAGUAUUCUGAGCUUCUGGAAAACACUGAAGCACCAAAGAGGAAGCGAGGCGAGAAGGGGGAGGUGGUGGAGACGGUUGGGGACGUGAUAGUGCGCAGGCUGACGACUCAGAGGAUUGAUGAAUUAAAAAAAAUGAUCAAACAAACUCAAGAGGAGCACAGGACACUGAAGAAAGAGUCAGAACUCAUUCAAGCUGGUCAUCUAGAUUCCAAACUGGAAGAAUUAUGGAAGGAAAUUCAGCGGAAACAGAAAGUAGAAGAGGAAGAAGCAGAGUUGAAAAGAAAGUGCACAGACGCAGCCUACCAGGCCAGACAGGUAGCCAAGAACACACCUCGACGCUUGGCAGGUGCCAUCAUGCAUUCACCCACGAGUUGUAACUCAAGCCUGGAGUUUUCAUCAAGUGACCCUCUCCCAUGCUUGAAUCCUGAUUUUUCACCUACAAAAGACGUACAGGCUUCAGGAUCUGUCAGGUUGCUGUCAUUUCCCGACUCUUCUGGCUCCGGUAACGAGCACUUGUCACUUUGCGAUGACUCCACCCAGAAGAAGCUACUGGCCCAGAGAGGUACACCGCCCCCAUCACCACUCCUCUCUGAGCUACUGAAGAAAGGCAACAUUUUGGCUACAACGUCCAGAUUGACUGGAGAGCGUGACGUUACUGGCAAUAUGACCGCCGCACAUGACUUGCAGUUGACUCUGCCUUUCUCUCCAGCAUCAGGUGCGCCAAUGUUGUCUCGACUCUUGGAGGCAGGGCCCACCCAGUUCUCAGCCCAGUUGGGCUUUAUGGUCAGCAGAGACGCUACCUCAGACAGCACUCCCUCUCCAGUCAAAUCUGCUGCUUCGGCAUGUUCAGAAGUAGAUGUGAUUGCGCCAUCUGCGUCCUUUGGGUGCCAGCCUCCCGCCGCAAGUAUGAAGGUGUCUGAGCUGAGUGAAGAGGAUGUGACAGUUUCUUACAUGGCAGAUGAACUGGAUCUGAAGACGGUGGGGGAUAUCAUUGCUAUCAUUGAGGACAAGGCUGCAGAUGCUUUGGAUGCAGCAGCAGUCGAAGCUGCUCUCUUCCUGUGCGAAGAAAACGGUCACGCUCUUCCCGCUGCCUGGCAGGCUGAGCCGUUCCACACCCAAGACACACAAGCGGGGGUUCCUGAGUCAUCAUCUCUCCACUGCAGCCCGGCAAGGAAUCGAGCAGAGGAGUCAAAUGUUCAGGACGAAACUUCUGCUGUGCUCUCCGCCGCGUGCAUUAGUCAAGAUAACUGUGAUGUGGCAAGGGCUUUGUACACUGCCAGACUGGAGCACCUGCCAAGCCCGCGGCUAGGAGAGACACCGGAGACAAAGUACACCAUCAAAGUCACAUCGAGGAAAGAUGGGUACAGGAAAUACCCCAAAACCCCAGGGAAGGAGAUAAAGGAGGAGAGUGAAAAAAGCAUCAAAAGUCAAGAAAAUGCCUCAGGGAUACACAUGGACAGUGAGGUCAACGGGACAGAAGAUGAUGAUGAGGAGGAGGAUGAAGAAGAUGGCGCUGAGGAAUUCUCAUCAGAGCCUGACGGGGAGAUGGAGCGUGUAGCUAGCGAGAGCGAGGACGCGUGCAGCCUCCACACUGCUACGUCGUCGCUGCAGCUCCACACCACGGCUGACUCCAUCCCCAGCAGCCCUGCGUCGUCACAGUUUUCUUUGUGUAGCGAGGACUUGGAGGCUCUGCAGGCUCACAAGAUCUGGAAGAAGGCCAUCAUGUUGGUUUGGCGUGCAGCUGCCAAUCACAGGUAUGCAAAUGUCUUCUUGCAGCCAGUGACAGAUGAAAUUGCACCAGGUUAUCAUAGCAUAGUGCACAGGCCCAUGGAUCUGGCGACCAUUAAGAAAAACAUUGAAAGCGGUACCAUGCGAACCACAGCCGAGUUCCAACGUGACAUCAUGCUGAUGUUUCAGAAUGCCGUCAUGUACAACAGCCUGGAUCAUGACGUGUACCACAUGGCUGUGGAGAUGCAGCGUGAUGUCCUGGAGCAGAUCCAGCAGUUUCUAGCGACCCAACUUAUCAUGGAGACAUCAGAGUCCGGGAUUAGCGCCAAGGGGCUUAGAGUGCGUGAGAGUCUACGGCGGCAAGACUCCACUGACAAGGACACCUUCUCCAUGUCAUCUCCUGCUUUUCUACUGUCCCUUUUUGAUGGAGGCACCAGAGGGCGCCGCUGUGCCAUCGAAGCUGAUCUCAAGAUGAAGAAGUGA